AUAAUUCAGUGUAUUGUUCGUUGAAUUUUUCUUCUCCUCACAUAAACUAUCAACCCUGCAAAGGUGCCACUUUAUUUGAUAAAUGGAGAAAGAUUAGAUUAUCAACCCUGAAAAUUUUUUAGAUAUGUCACUCUUUUUGAACAAAAACAACAGCAGCAAAAUGGGCACGCCUUUGUUCCAUGAAUUUAAAAAGCAAGCUUCUUUCUUCCUCAAGGAGAAAUUUAAAACUGCUAGAUUGGCUCUCACAGAUGUUACUCCAGCAGAACUGAUGACAGAAGAAGCUACAAAUGGAAAUCCAUGGGCCCCAGAUUCCCCAACUCUUAAAUCAAUUUCAAGGGCUGCUUUUGAGCUUGAUGAUUAUUGGAGGAUAGUAGAGAUUUUGCACAAAAGAUUGCUUAAAUUUGACAAGAACAAUUGGAGGGCCUCCUACAAUUCUCUAAUUGUGCUUGAGCACUUGUUGACUCAUGGACCAGAAAGUAUUGCACAGGAAUUUCGGUGUGACAAAGAUGUAGUUAGUCAAAUGAAAUACUUCCAGCAUAUUGAUGACAGUGGGUUCAAUUGGGGUCUGACUGUUAGAAAGAAAUCAGAAUGGAUAUUGAAUCUGCUGGAAGAAGGAACACUUCUUAAGGAAGAAAGAAACCGUUCUCGGAUGUUGACCAGAGGAAUUCAAGGUUUUGGGAGUUUCAACCGACGAUCAACUCAAACACAAGGCAUUAUUCUGAGGGAAAAAUCAUUGCCAACCACAUUUGGGAGAUGUAACUCUGACUUUAACAGCCGUGAAAAUCACGAUAACUUGUCCUCUAGCUCAAACAAUUGUCUGGACACAACAACAGUUAAAUCUCGUAGUCUUAGCCAUCAAGGUGGAAUUUUCAAGUCCCUAGAUAGUGUAGAUACUGAGAGCUACCUGGAUGAUCGAGAAAAAUAUCCAAUGCUACAGAAAUCUGAAACAAGCUCUAAAGAAAACAUGACACCAAGUAAGGAGGAAUUCCAUCUAUGGAACAUGAAAGGAGAGUCCAAUCAACUUUUAGAUGGUAUCCAAGACGAUGAUUCUAGACUUGGGAUAUUCAUGGCAGAAGAUGAUCACCCCUUUAACUCAACAGAAAUGCAUCCCACUUCUUCCCUUCUUUCUUCGAGAUGAAAUAAGUUUAAGAUCGAAAUGAAGGCAAGAAAAGUUUAUGUGAAAAUUGUUCCAAUGACGGUUUUAUACUAGAUGUAUUUAUGUAUGUGGGUUACCUUUACUUUCUCCUUCAAUUUUCCCCGAAAAGGACAAACCGUUUGUAUGUGUGGAACUAGCACUAGGUAUAUUAGAAUGCAUCCAUGAUGUAUCAUACAUAAAGCACAUAUAUUCUACUCUCUUCAACCGU